AGGAAUCGGCAAUAAAACCUUUCACAAACAAACUCUCCUUUGUGUCAAAAAAAAACACCAUCGACUUUUCAAGAAUGCCACAAUGAGCAGCUACAGAGAAGGAACAGUAAACCCUUACAGGCCGUACUACAUCCCCCCAUCGAUCGGGGAGCCGUCCGACGGCCCCGUCUCUGGGCCCGGGCCUAACCCCUUUCGCGGCGGCGGUAGCAAUGCAACAAUAGGUGCGCCCAAGUACGCGUCCAAGGCGCAUGCCUUGUUCUCCGACAUCGACUACAAGGAGUACAUUUCCGAACCGUCACCAUCUGCCGUGCAAACAAUCAAAGAUCUCUUGGACGAGUCGCUAUGGAAGUACUUGUCUGUGUUGAUGGCUCAGCCGUUCGAGGUAUCCAAGACUAUUUUGCAAGUCAAGGUACAGGAUGGCUCGGCGACGACGCCGGCGCAGACGCCAGUCGAGGACGGGAAGCUGAAGAGGGCGCCUAGCAUCUACGAUCAGGUGUGUGCAGUUUUGAUUUUCUGUUGACAAAUAUCAUAUGGAGGCGGUGCCUCUAACAUGCGUUGUUUCUCAAAUAUAGCUCCCAGACUCCGACUCCGAAGGCGACGAGCCUUCCUACUUCACGUCCAAUGUGCCUAGUACACCUACGCCACGCCCCUAUCGCCAGCGGGCAACUCCACCACUCGAUUCCCCCCAAAAGGGACCCUCGAGGACCCCAUCCUCACUCUCUGCGACGGUGGGGACUACACAUCUCAUUAUACGAAAGCCGGAUUCGAUCCUCGAGGUAAUGUCACAGCUGUGGCAGAAGGAAGGAACCUGGGGCGUUUGGAAAGCAUCAAACAUCACCUUUGUCUAUUCGGCGCUGCAGUCGCUAUUAGAGAACUGGUCACGGAGUUUGCUGAGUGCUCUGUUCAACGUUCCGGAUCUCGGCGUUAGGGAUGAUGUUGAAAGGUUGAUCGACAUCGCGUCACCGUACCCAUGGACUUCCUUUCUCGUUGCUGCGGGCGCAGCAGUUGCUACUGGGCUGAUCCUGGCUCCGGUGGACUUGGUCAGGACUAGGUAUGUUUGCAAAACCCUCUGGAACCCCUUCGUGCUAUGCGCAGCUAUUUACUUUCGAUGCGCGUACAGGUUAAUCCUCACCUCAGUUUCGCGACAGCCGCGCCGCUCUAUUUCCAUGCUACGCAGCCUCCCGUCAUACAUCUGCCCCUCUCCACUAAUAAUUCCUACUAUCCUCCACUCCCUCGUUCACCCUGUGCUCACUCUAUCAACACCACUGAUGCUUCGCACACGUUUCGGCAUCGACCGUGAGGUGUCACCCACGUCAUUCAGCCUAAGCAAGUUCUGCGCAUCAACAGUUGCACUUUUCGUUAAACUCCCGCUCGAGACUGUGCUGAGAAGGGGCCAAGCAUCCGUCCUUAGCAGCCCGGAGUAUAUCCAGGCCAUUGAGCCCACAAAGGCCAGGGGUAUCAUUGGCACAUCCACGACAGGACUUGACAGCAUAAUCCCAUGCGGCAAGUUUGAUGGCGUGCUGGGAACGAUGAGGCAUAUCGUUUACCACGAGGGCACCCGACCCAUCCCGACAGUAGCUCCGCCCGCCAAAUCCAAGGCGUCCUCUAAGAAGGGCAAGACGCCCAAAUUGGUGGAAACGACGUUCGUCAAGGGCCAAGGUAUGGAAGGACUUUGGAGGGGCUGGAAGGUCAGCUGGUGGGGUCUCGUUGGACUCUGGACGGCUGGUGUCGUGGGCGGCGGCGGCGAUGGCGAGUUCUGAUAUGUGUGUUACUAUUCUCCACUCUUCUGUUUGAUACCAGUGUUUUUUUCCUUGUUUCUCGGACGGUGGCAUUAUGAGCGGCUGCGCUACCUUCCUCUCCUCUAUGACGGUAUGAUAUUCCCCCCUUUCAAACUCGUAUGAGUGUGUAUUGGAGCCAAGCUCUUGUUUGUUAUAAUAGAUUGUAACGUUUAUACGCCUCGUGUUUGGCUUGGCAUACUGGGUUUUGUUUGUUCACAGGAGUGUUUUUCUACACAAAAAAGCUACUCGAGGUCCCUUUUUUUUUCGUUUACCAUCUUGUUGGCAAAAUAACAGCAUGUUCGUAGUAUCACUGGAUUGUUGUGCUUUGUUCUGUCGUCAAAGGUUGUGCGGGGAUAGGUUCGGCCGAUGAUACGCUUGAAGGCGUAAGCCACAAGCUAACAUGUUAAGCAAAACAUAUAGACGCCAAAACUUCAACAAGGGACGUUGUCGCCUUGUCAUCAUGUCACAACAAGCUCCGGUCGAACCUCUCGUGUCCGUGGUCCCGGCACCGGAAGUUGGUCUCAAUGUUUUUACCAGCGAAAUCCCACCAUGGACCCCCGGUAAAGGCGUCCGCGGCAUCUUUGGCGGCUUCCUGAUCGCGCAGGCCGUGCGGGCCGCGCAGCACAGCACGGAGCCGACAUUUGCCGUGCACGCGCUGCAGUCCGUCUUUCUCAAGCCGGGCAAGGCGACGUCCCAGAUCUACUACCACGUGGACCGCCUCGCCGACGGUCGCAACUUUGCCACGCGGCUCGUGAGGACCGUCCAGGACGGCGCAGUCAUCUUCGUCGCGACCGUCGGCCUGCAGCGCCAAGACCCCGCCGGUGGGUCCCUGCCGUUCAGGAACCUGGAGCACGCCCUCCCGCCGCCAGACAUGGACGGCAAGGGACCGGACGACAUACCCGACGCGAGCAAGGACCAUCUGCUGUUCAUGGUGGGGUUCAAGACGUCGACGUCCGAGUCGUCCUCCAUCGACGACCCCUUUGAGUGGCGCCACCUGCUCGACCGGCCCGCCGAGGAGGCAGGGCAACCCGCACCGCCGUCGCCGCCGCAGCCCACCGCACCACACAGCUUCCGGCUGCGGUCGUACGUGCGGUCGUCGCCGCUGUCUCGGGCAGCCGGGCCCGCAGAGCACCUGGCGAGCCUGGCGUUCCUGACGGACGAGUGGCUGAUCGCGCUGGUGAACCUGGCGCACCCGGAGAUGCUGUCGCGACGGCGACGCGAGCCGCUGACCAUCGAGACCGCGGAGCAGGUCAACACGGUGCGGGCCCCCACCAUCGCCGUCCAGGCCAGCAUGCACCACAACGUCCUUUUCCACGACGCGGGCGCCAGGGCGGACGGGUGGCUCAUCUCGGAGCGCAGGACGAGCUGGGCAGGCGAGGGGAGGGUGCUUGUCGAGCAGAGGUUCUGGAGCUUGGAGACGGGGAGGUUGGUGCUGAGCUGUUGGCAGGAGGGUCUUGUGAGGUUGAAGGAUGGUUCCAAGUUGUAG